UAUUAUUCCUUGUUUAUUUGUACCAAAAUUUCCCUUAUACGCUUUUCUUUUUUUCUUUUUUAAUAAAAAACGCCAUAUAUAUAAAUAUUAAUUUCCCCAAUCAAAAAACAGAAAAAAUCGAUAACAAAAAUAACAACAAAUUAAAUUCUGAAAAGCACUGGGAAACAAAGCUUCUUUUGUUUUUCUCUUGAAUCCUCCAUCGAAGUUUGUGCGUUGGAAUUUAUGUAAUAGGGAUCAUGAGAUUCAAGAAAGGGACCAAAGUGGAAGUCUUGAGCAAAAAAGAGGUGCCAUCAGGCUCCUGGCAUUGUGCUGAGAUAAUCAGUGGCAAUGGCCGCAGCUAUACAGUUAGGUAUCAAGGCUAUUCUGGUGCCACUGACAAGAUGAUUGUGGAGAGGGUAUCUAGGAAGGCUAUCAGGCCUUGUCCUCCUGCUUCGGUCAUUCCAGAUAAUUGGGCCCCUCGUGAUGUUGUAGAGGUUUUUGACAAUUUUUCCUGGAAGAUGGCAACAGUUUUAGGGGUUUUAGAGAAAAAGUACAUUUUGGUUAGGUUGCUGGGAUCAUCUCUGGAAUUCAAGGUCAGUAGAUUGGACAUCCGUGUGAGACAAUCGUGGCAAGAUGAUGAAUGGGUUGUGAUUGGAAAGGGUUCUGGCAGUUGUGAAGAAGGGAAAUAUUGUGAAAAUUAUACUCUUAGAUACAAUCAAAAUUCUAGCUCCCAAUUUCAGAAUACGAUUAGAAUGACAAAUCGACAUCUGAAAGGUGAAUGUGGUCCUGUUAACAAAAAGGUUAAUUACCAAGAAUCUGUUAUUGCUUCCUCAAAAACUCUAAAGAUAGGAUGCUGCUCUCAAACUGAAGCUGUUGCUGGAGCUAGACAGAAGUUUAGAGCGGUUGAGAAAGAUGGAAGAUUGUACCGACUGGUUGCUGCAAAUCCAUCCAUUCAUGGACAGGUAGAUGCUGUUGCUUUCCCAAGAGAUAUGCUGGGUGAAAAAUACAUUCAUGCUUCUAUUGACAACAGAACUGGGUUGUCUGAAUUGGAUGCGGAGAGGAGAAAACCAAAUGGUGCUGUCGGAUGUUAUAUUGCAGAACACUUAGAAACCAAUGACACUGAGCGUGUUACAUGCUCUGUUGGUAGUUGUAGCGUGAGUAGUAACAAUCUAUAUAAGUUGCCUCAUCGUGUUUCUACAGGUCCUAUUGAAGAUCUUGAUGGUCAAUGUAGUGAUGCUGAAUCUUUUUGUCCAAGGGGAGAUGAGGUAGGAAAUUGUCUCCUUCCUACGAAAGAGGAACUCGCUGCUGAGAUCCAUAGAAUAGAGUUACAUGCCUACCGUUGCACCAUGGAGGCCUUGCAUGCAUCAGGGCCUUUAAGUUGGGAACAAGAAGCAUUGGGUUGAAGAAGGAGGCUUAGGCACCUUCCUUCCAAAUGUCCAAAGCUGAUUUGGGGUUUGCCACCUUUCUCUUGCUUUUCCACAGUGGGGCAAUUUGUAGGGGAAGUUAUUACGAGGCACUAAGUUCUUUAGUUUGUGGCUUGCUGGAUUCUUCAAUUUCAGGUCUCCUGUGAGCCUUAGAUAUCUGUGUUGCUGAAGGAUAUAAGACCAGAAUCUUGUGGCUGCCAUGGGAUGACCUGAUAUGUGGAUAUCCCAAAAGGUUUUCUUUUGGACCUUUAUGUAAGAUUAUCCAUGUAUGACAUCCUCUGCUGGCCCAUGUGUGUUUCGCUUUGUUUCUUGCAAAGUAAUCAUGCUGAAAUCUACUUUUCCUGUAUUCCAUUUGUGGAGUUCAUAAUUUGAUUUUUUCUCUUGUUAAUAAUGGAUGGACUGAGAUUUUGAGCACGCUUGGUUGAUGAUCUUGCCAAGCACAAGCAUAGGAUGGAAAUGCAAGAGACAUGUUAUCAUGGAUUUGAGAAAAUAUUGCAUAAACCAUCCUCACAUGGCAUGUCUUUAUUCAUGCCACUUAGAUUGUUGUAAAAUAAAAUUAGAACUGUUAUUAGCCAAGUUAGGGAAGUGCUCCGGAAGUGCAGUUUCUGUCUAGUUGGCAAUUGGAUUGACCUUUUUAGUAAUGUCUGGGAGUUGAUCCUAAUUUCUCACUGCCUCUUCGGUGUUUUCUUUUGCUUCCUGUCCAAGUCUGGUAGUCCUGAGUUGGCUGUUGAUUCUCUGGAGUCAAUCUUUAUAAUUCUGUUGCUCGUUUUAUCCUAUUAGAUGAAUUCUUUGUCUAGCACAAAUGAAAUUUGUUUUGGUCGUUUAGAUGCUGCCAUCUAGCCUCUACAUGGGAAAGUAGCAGCUCUGUACCACUAAUUGGUUGGUAGUAGUAGGAAAUGGUAACAUAUACGCUGUUAUCCUUUUUUUGGAUAGAAUAAAACUUCAUUACUUAAGAAAUAUAGACAACUAGCCCUAGAUUUUCUGGUAAGGCACAGCUCCACACUCUAGUGUUAUUUGCUUCACAACUGAAAUAAGCAUGUUAUCUGUUAUAAUCUGUUAUGUGCUAUCUGCUGGUCUACAUGCACAAGGAAAUUGAACAUGACAUGAUAGCCAGUAUUUCCCAGGGGCUAUUGCUUCCCAAGAGAAAUUGGAAAUUUUUUAGGAGUUUCUCAUCUUAAGUCAUGUUUCAUAUAGUAAUGUUGUUAUCUUGCACUAAUUAACCUAAUUACAGUUAAGAGGGGUGAUUUGAAUCAGUAUUUCUUGCUAAGGAGUGCCUUCAGAGCUCUAGCACAUUUGUUCUUUUUCUCCUUUUUACUUUAUUAAAACAUAUUUGGAACAUUCUUUCUGGUGACUGCAAAUUAUCUUCUUUCAUCAGUAAUCAGUUCUCUUUAAGGAAACUUCAAUUAUUUCUGAAUGUGGCAGGCAACGAAAGUAUGACGCUUUUAAACUUAAUUUUUGCUUCUAGGGCUGAUGAACAUGGAGCUUUGUCAUUGUCUGCUCUCAGAAUUUCAUGUUCCCUUCUUGAGGAUGGUUUGAUCUGCUCUGCUGUAAUGACCACUCCGCAAGAGAUGUGCAUGGGUCUCUUUGCUCUCCCUUUCCCUCUUCUCUCUCUUUUCCUUUUUCCCUUUAGUCUAGAUUUAGUUCUUCAGCAUGCAGUUUUUCUUUUCCCCUUUUUUUUCCGGGUGAUCUGGUUGAGUCAGUCGGCAAAGCUAUUAAGUCAUUACAUUCUUGUUCUUGCUUUAGAUUUCGUCCAUUUUGGGUGCAAACAAAUCUAACAAAGAGGCUUAUGUCAGAGUCAAAUGCAAUUGGCAAACUUUGGGAAAGAUUAUUACAGGUACUGAUAACUAGAAGUAGCAUAAGGAUGAUCCCUCUUUGGAGUGUGACUUUAUAUAAUGUCAUUUUUUGGCAACAAUGUUGUGACUAAUGAAUUCAACAUGUACCAUGGCAUGAAUAAUAAAUUGUUUGCUAGUCGCAAACAGUGUACAUUUUGUUGCUUAAUUGUACUUGGAUGUCUUAAAAUGUUUGAUUUCACAAGAGCUACCUAGUGAAGUACCUGUUUUCACAAUAGAUGAGGCAUUUUCUUCUGUUGUGAUCUUAUGUGUUCGAUGUUAUACUGAGCCAUGAAGUGUUAUGCUUGAGAGGGGCGAUGGGUAAUUCCAAAAUAUUGAAUGGUUAGAGAUGCAUGAUUUUGAAUCUAAUGCCUGAUCAUCUAUCUGUGUUUUCAGAACUUAUGCCCUCUAUGAUAUAGUUUAUAAAAUAAAUUUGACUUGAGACAUAAAUAGGUCUUCUCCCUGUGGAAUAAUGAUCUCUUUGCAUGUUUUCCCAAGGAACUAGGAAGAAUUGAAGAUUGAAGUUUAUAUACAUUUAUAUACUCAUUUUCUCAUUGGUAUUUUGAUGGUAGAAAUUUUGGUGUCCUACUGUUGCACUAUUUGCUGCUCUUCUCAUGCCUUGCAUUGAAAAGCAAUUUCUGUUUGUCAUGGCAGAUCCGUCUACAUGCUAGUGUCCAAACUCUGAUGACUACCCAAAAGCCAAAAAAGUGAAAAAAAAAGAUCAUUUUAUUUUAUUUAUUUCUAAAACUAGAAACCGUUUUUUGCUUUGUAUUUGUGGCAACAUCUGUGCAAUGAGUUUUUAGGAGUUCAAAAUUAUAAUCACAUAAAAUGGUAGGAGAUAAUAAGUUGUCAAUAUGUGGUACUUGUCCGGUAGGUUCUUGCACUAUCCACAUCUCAAACUCAAUAUUUUAUCCUUAUUUUAACUUGCUCUGCUGGAUCCUAUUCAGACAAUCUCUCUCUAGUUGUGUGUGUGGACUGCACUCUAAAUUUAAAUUUUGGUGUUUUUAUGGCUUCUGAUGUUUUUGCUGAAAUUAUAUCUAUAGCCUGGUGCAGUGGUGCUAAAAUCCACCAUGUAGCCUGUGGAUGUUGUCCCCAAGCAAUUGCUCAUUGUCAGAACCCUUUACUCUUGGAGGGGCGGGAGCCUUUCUCGGAGUACUCCGGUCCUACUUGAUUAUAUGCCCGAUCUUGUUCUUGUAGGAACAACGUGGGGUCCCAAGCAGGUUUAUAACACUUCCAAAACAUUGUAAAGUUAGUUCAGCAGUCAAUCAUGUUGUUGGCAAAUGAUAUAUAUGAAUCUUUCUGCUAAUCUGUGGCCAGUUUUGAGAUUCGAUAAUGCUAUCAUUAUUAUUGUUAUUGGCAUCAUUGUUCCUGUGCUGUGGUUCAGUUCUGUAACAGGUGGAACUGAAGGCUGUUUCAUUCACUUUUCCGAUGGGUUGCUUUUCCAAUAAACCUGCGUGGGCUUUUGUUGAUUUUAGUGAACCUGAUACAUGGACAGGCUUAUCUGCAACAUGGGACAGAAUUGACGACUUGAUGGGCCUGAAAGCAAACUUGCCCAAAAACCAAGUCUGGAGUUUAAGGAUGAUAGCUGCUGGCUGGUAAAUAUGUUCAAAACUCCAUCUGUCUGUCCUUGUCAGCCACGCCCCGCCUUACAGAGCAAAAGCAGUUGACACUAACACCCAACAAUUCUAACAUCAAUGUUACUGUUUAUUUAGUCAAAUAUGAUCAGCUGGGAAGUUAGGAACCGAGAGGUUAAUUGUGGAAAGAGAAGCAGCAGCCAGCCAGGGCAACAGAUUAUCAGCAGCCUAGUGAUAAACAAUCUGCUUUAGUUAGAAACCAAAGUUUUGCAUUACCCCACAAGCCCUACCCAAGAAGGAAAAUCUUUGGUGCAUCGACUCCACUCCACUAAAGCAAAGCUGGCAUUCCAGGCUUAUCUUUCCAUAUCUUUCUCUGCAGUAAGCUCACAUGCCUUAAAACUAUUGGAUCUUGCCUUGGUAGUUGUUUAUCUUUUUCAAUGAGUUUAAAGAAAUCAAGUGCUUUAAGUUGCAAAAUGUACAGUAAAAGCACAGAAACUAAGAUUUGUAGAUGAAAAAAACUAUUGAACUACUUACCUGAUUCGCCAGAUCAGCUAUAGAAACAAAGUAAA